CCGCCUCCAGCUCCUCGGCUGCCCGAGAGGACAAGGGGAGUGGGUCCGCGCUUCUCCGCCCGCCAGAGAGGCGGCCAAGUCCCCGAUGGCUCUCAUCAUGGAACCCGUGAGUAAAUGGUCUCCGAGUCAAGUGGUGGACUGGAUGAAAGGUCUUGAUGAUUGCUUGCAGCAGUAUAUUAAGAACUUCGAGAGAGAGAAGAUUAGUGGGGACCAGCUACUACGUAUUACUCACCAAGAACUGGAGGAUCUGGGAGUCACCCGAAUUGGCCACCAGGAGCUUAUCUUGGAAGCAGUUGACUUGCUCUGCGCAUUGAACUAUGGUUUGGAAACAGAAAAUCUAAAAACCCUUUCUCACAAGCUAAAUGCAUCUGCCAAAAAUCUGCAGAACUUUAUAACUGGGAGGAGGAGGAGUGGUCACUAUGAUGGCAGGACCAGCCGAAAAUUACCAAAUGACUUCCUGACCUCUGUGGUGGAUCUGAUUGGAGCAGCUAAAAGUCUGCUGGCUUGGUUGGACAGAUCACCUUUUGCUGCUGUGACAGAUUACUCAGUAACGAGAAAUAAUGUCAUACAGCUCUGCCUAGAAUUAACAACAAUUGUACAACAGGAUUGUACAGUAUAUGAAACGGAGAAUAAAAUUCUUCAUGUGUGUAAAACUCUCUCUGGCGUCUGUGACCACAUUAUCUCUCUCUCAUCUGAUCCUCUCGUUUCGCAGUCUGCUCACCUUGAAGUGAUCCAGCUAACAAACAUAAAACCAAGUGAAGGGCUGGGUAUGUACAUUAAAUCAACAUAUGAUGGUCUCCAUGUAAUUACUGGAACAACAGAAAAUUCACCUGCAGAUCGGUGCAAGAAAAUCCAUGCUGGAGAUGAAGUGAUUCAAGUUAACCACCAAACUGUGGUGGGGUGGCAGUUGAAAAAUUUGGUGAAUGCACUACGAGAGGAUCCGAGUGGUGUUAUCUUAACUUUGAAAAAGCGACCUCAGAGCAUGCUUACCUCAGCACCAGCUUUACUGAAAAAUAUGAGAUGGAAGCCCCUUGCUCUGCAGCCGCUUAUUCCUAGAAGUCCUACAAGCAGCGUUGCUACACCAUCCAGCACUAUCAGCACACCCACUAAAAGAGACAGUUCAGCACUCCAAGAUCUCUACAUACCCCCUCCUCCGGCAGAGCCUUAUAUUCCCAGGGAUGAAAAGGGAAAUCUUCCAUGUGAUGAUAUUGGCAGACAUAUAGUGGGCAAGCCAGUUCAUAAGGGUUCCGAAUCUCCAAAUUCAUUUCUUGACCAGGAAUAUCGCAAGCGCUUUAAUGUGGUUGAAGAAGAUGCAGUCUUAUACUGCUAUGAAUAUGAGAAAGGAAGAACAGGCGGCUCUGGGAGAAGAGAGAGCACUCCAACGUAUGGCAAACUAAGACCUAUCUCUAUGCCAGUGGAAUAUAACUGGGUAGGGGAUUAUGAAGAUCCCAAUAAGAUAAAAAGAGAUAGUCGGAGAGAAAAUUCAUUACUUCGCUAUAUGAGCAAUGAGAAAAUAGCUCAAGAUGACUACAUGUUUCAAAGGAAUAGCAAAAAGGAUACAGGGAAAAAAUCCAAAAAGAAAGGAGACAAGAAUAAUAGUCCAAGUCAUUACUCCUUGCUGCCUAGUUUACAAAUGGAUUCAUUAAGACAAGAAGUCAUUGGCACACCUGGGCCAGACACCACCUACUACCAUACCUUUCAGCAGUCUUCUCUACAACAGAAAACUAAAAAGAAAAACAAAGCUCCUAUUCCUGGUAAGAGCAAAAGGCGGAUUUCCUGUAAAGAUCUGGGCCGUGGGGACUGCGAGGGCUGGCUUUGGAAAAAGAAAGAUGCCAAGAGUUAUUUCUCCCAGAAAUGGAAGAAAUAUUGGUUUGUUCUGAAGGAUACUUCUCUAUACUGGUAUAUCAAUGAGGAGGAUGAAAAAGCAGAGGGAUUCAUCAGUCUACCUGAAUUUAAAAUUGAUAGAGCCAGCGAAUGCCGCAAGAAAUAUGCAUUCAAAGCCUGCCAUCCUAAGAUCAAAAGCUUUUACUUUGCUGCUGAACAUCUAGAUGACAUGAACAGAUGGCUAAACAGAAUUAACAUGCUUGCUGCUGGCUGUGCAGAAAGAGAGAGGAUCAAGCCAGAGCAAGAUUACUGGAGUGAGAGUGAUAAGGAAGAAGCAGACACUCCAUCAACACCCAAACAAGACAGUCCACCACCCCCAUAUGAUACAUACCCACGACCUCCUUCGAUGAGCUGUGCAAGCCCUUUUGUGGAACCAAAACACAGCCGACUUUCAUCUACAGAAACUUCCCAGUCACAGUCUUCACAUGAAGAGUUCCGUCAAGAAGCAGUAGGGAGCACCACUGAAUCACCUGUACGCAAAACAGCCAGUCAGCGACGUUCCUGGCAGGAUUUAAUAGAGACGCCACUGACAAGCUCAGGACUGCACUACCUUCAGACUCUGCCUCUUGAGGAUUCAGUGUUCUCUGACUCAAUUGUAAUCUCUCCAGAACACAGGCGGCAGUCAACUCUUCCAACUCAAAAGUGCCACCUACAGGAUCACUAUGGUCCAUUUCCCUUGGUAGAGGGUGAGAGAAAGCAAGUGCUAAAUGGGAAUGGAGGCAAGCCCCGCAGUUUUACUCUGCCUCGGGAUAGUGGGUUCAACCACUGCUGUCAGAACCUUUCAGUUAGUGCCUCUGAUCACCAGGAAGAUGUACAACAGAAAAAGUUAGAUGAGGAAGAGGAAGAAGGGAAAGCAGCAACAGAAAACCAAGAAGAUAAAAGCUAAUACACUGCGAGAGUUGAUAGAACCUCUCCAUGCCAAAUCGGAUCCACUUCUCUUGGCACUGAACUGAUUGGACUCAGAUUGAUAAACUAAUGAUUAGAGAAUUUAGAUCGGAGAGAAUUGGCACGACGGAGACUCAACUUCAGCCUCUUGCAAGCAACCUAAUGGCCUCCGUUCAGAAAGUUUAAUUCUUCUUGAAUAACUUUGAUGUUUAUAAAAGAGAACAGACAUUUUUAAAGCAUAGACAACCAAAUGUCUGGAUAUGGGGACUCCAGGAAAGUGUUAAAGGGGCAGACCUAUUACCAGUCUUUUGAAGAAUGCAUCCUUUCCACAAUGGGACUAGGCACAAAAUCAUAUCCUGUCUACAUGGAGCGCAGUUGCAGAAAAUACUGCCCCCUGCAUAGGAGAACAGAAGGGGAAGAGGGUCAUGGCAGGGGAAGGGCUCUGAUGACACACAUUUGUGUUCUGCAGACUUCAAGGAAUUAAAGAGGGAUCAGCUAUGGUAACUAUAAAAUCCUGUUGUUUAUAUGGACUUCAGUGACUUCAUUCAGGCAAAGCAGAGAAAGCUAAUAUAACUUAAGGUACUUCACAUAAGUGAAGGAAGUUAACUUGCUGUAUCAUACUAAAUUAAGUGUAUUCUUCCAAGUCAAGGUGUGUACCAACUAUUUGGAGACUUAAUAUAUGUUUAAUGAUUUAUAAUGAAUUAUCAGAGGGCACACUGAAACUGAUUUGGAUGACAGUGAUGGAGAAGAUACCUCAUGCUGGGAUUUAUUAGACUCCACAGAUACAAUCUACAAAUCCUCUUUAUCUUCUAGGACUUACAUUUGAGUGAUGCUGCCUCACAGAACAGGCGUCAAGUAUUCUCUGUAUAGCACUCGCACUCCAUGGGGUUGUUUUGGGGCCAGUAUUUGUCUGGAUGUCACUCAAAGUAGAUUCCAAUAUUGUUAUUUAUCAUUAUGUUCUGGCUCCCCUAUGAGUUAAUGUUUGCCUCUAUCUCUGUGAUUAGAAUGUGGAUUUUCCUUUAUAUAUUUGGCUACGGGUGUAUUGUAAUAAUGUCAAUGCUAAUUACUUGAUAUUUCAUAUUAUCUUAUGGAGAGAUACUUUUAAAAAUGUAUUUUGAAAUGUUUUCCUUCUGUUGGCUCAAUGUAUGGUAUUGCAUUCUGUUAAUACCAAUAAAAUUAUAUAUAUAUAUAUAUAUAUAGUUAUAUAUAAAUAUUUCCCUUUUAUAUAUAAGUAGACUAUGCUUUUUUCCUCACAAAUAAGAAUUGUGCAGUGAAUAAAAUUGCAUCUCUCUGCUUUAUAGCAGUAACAAAACUAUAAUAGUUUUAAUAUUAAUUUUAUAAAAUAAAAAUCCUGUAUACUAUGACGUAUAUGCUAGUUGGAUAUUCAUCAGUAUGCAUAUUGUGUUUCCAUUUAACAUUAAUGGGCCUGUCACAAGUCAAUCUAUAUAUUUAACAACAUAGUUUUGACAUCUUUAAUUGUUACCAAUCAAGAAACUGAACAUGCCUAUUAUAGCAAAGUAUGCCCACUGUUACUUGUUUACAGAAUUGUACAUUGAUACAGUUUUUGCCUGUUGACCAAACAGAUGAACCCACCGUGUUUUUAUUAAUCACGUAUCCUUAGGAAUUGAUUUUUAAAUAUAAUUUACUGCUCUUUCCAACACUUGACAAAGGCAGAAUUCAUCUCUUUAUAUAAUGUUGCCUUUGAAAUACUUGCCUCUGCCAGUGUCGAUAAAUCAGUGCUAAGCGCAUAAAGAUUCUGCAACCUGAAAGAUUUAUUGUUAAAACCUUGCUGGAAUGCCCUGCAACCUGAACCAGUCCUUUGCAUCCUGUCAUUAAACUCCAGAAUUAGUUAGAAAUGAAAUGUUUUGGAAAUGAAUUAGAGUACCAGAAGCCAAGAUAAGAAUCUAAAAUGUCCUUUGGCUGCCAUUUUGGGUUCCACUGAUGGCUCAUUUACUGCUUUUGCCAAAGGCCAUAAGGAGCUAAUAUAUCUGCCCCACUGUGCAUUUUAACUUCAGCUUCAUUUUUUCCUCUCACAGACUGUAUUGAAUGAGCAUUACCAUUUUUGAGACGGAUUCCGAAGGGCUGCAAUUAGCAGCCCAUGACAUUAAUUGCAUACACAUUUGUCAAAUAUUUUUUCUGUAUGCCUUAAAAUAAAGUUUGGAAAAUGGCAGUUAAUGUUUUUUUAAUGAAGACAGUUGAUUUAUUCAUUAGGUUAGGGUUUUUUAAGGUAUUUUCUGCUUAAUAAAAAUAUCUAUAUUACUCAUUGGCAAAUUACCCAGCUUUGCCUCUGCAUACCCUUUGUCCAUAAGCUCUGUUACUCCGUUUCCUGUGGGAAUGCACUCAUGUAUUCUUCCUAAUGGAUAUGAGACAGAUGUCUCUUCCAUCAUGAUUAUGGUACCAAUUCUGGGAGAAAGUUUUUUGUUAAAGUGUACACGUUCCAUGUUCAAAAGUUUAUUCAGCAUCUGGACAUUUAAUUGCAUAAGAAAUCUGUGGUAAAGAGUAUAUUGCUGUUAAAUUUUUGUUGUUGUUUUAGGUUUGUUACCAAAGGUGCUAUGUAGGAACCCAGUCCUAGGUGGUGCUUAGAGGAGAACAGACUACAGUGGUGUUGAGGGCACUCAGCACCUGACAAGCUUUACAUCUUGCAAUGUCAUGCCUUAAAUAAAUAAAAUGUAAAUUAAGGUACAGA